AACAUAAUGUUACGAGUGCUGAACACGAAAUGAAGUUACUUGUUGUUUCUAGUUUUUUGUUAAUAGUAGCAUCCUUCGGGGAUGCUGCUCGGAUUCUGGGCGUCUUCCCGAUGGCAUCAUACAGCCAUCAAAUUGUGUACCUUCCAAUCAUGAAGGAAUUAGCAAACAGAGGACACGAGGUGGUCGUGAUAACACCAGAUCCGUUAAAAGAGAAUAUCAAAAAUUUUAAACAAAUUGACGUGAGUUCUGCAUACGAAAUAUCUCAGCAGCAAAACGUCAUCGAAGUCAUCAACGAGAACGGUGGAAAUCCAUUUCAACAGAUGCAUUUUUUUCUUCAAAUGUUAAGUGAAACUGCAAUUUUCGAGUUGAAACAUCCCGAUGUGCAAAAGCUAAUUCACGAUGAAAACGAACAUUUCGAUCUUGUGAUAGUCGAGUACAUGAUUCCAACGUUCCUCGCUUUCAAGCAUCGAUUCAACUGUUCAAUGAUAGGCAUAACAUCAAUGGACUCUAUUUAUCAAGGUCAUGUAGCUGUAGGAAAUCCCGUUCAUGCCGUCCUUUAUCCCGAUGCAAUUAUACCUUUCCAAUCAAAAAAGUUGAGUUUCUUUGAGAGGUUGAUCAGUUUCCUAUUUAUGCAAAUCACAAACUUUUAUGUUGAUCUGAAAAUGUAUCCUACUGAAGAUAUAACAAUAGCCAAAUACUUUGAAAACAAUUAUCCUAAACUGAAGGAACUCGCGGCCUCAAUCGAUAUGCUUUUCAUAAACGUCAAUAAUAUCUUCCACACUGUGAGACCAUUGACACCAGCCACCGUUAACAUUGGCCCAUUCAUCCAAAUUAAACCACCCAAGGAUUUACCAAAAGAUUUAAAAUUAUUUCUGGACGAAGCUAAAGAAGGAGUCAUUUAUUUUAGUUUGGGCUCCAACGUUAAAAGCAAAAAUAUUCCGGAGAAAACGCGCGAUGUUAUUAUGAAAACGUUUGCCAAACUUCCUUAUAAAAUCCUUUGGAAAUUUGAAUCUGAAAAUCUACCUGGAAAACCGGAUAACGUGAAAAUCGCCAAAUGGAUUCCACAGCAAGAUGUGUUAAGACAUAAAAACAUAAAAUUGUUCAUCAGCCAAUGUGGUUUGCAAUCGUUGGACGAGAGCCUGUUCAAUUACGUACCUGUUCUCGGUCUACCAUUCUUUGGUGAUCAAUCAAGCAAUGCUUUCAAAAUGGAAUCAAAUGGAUUGGGAUUAUUCUUGAACCACAAAGAAUUAACGAUCGAGAAAUUUACAUUUAGCAUAAACGAAAUAAUUAAAAAUCCCAAAUAUAAAAACAGAGUUACAGAGCUUUCAAAUUUACUAAAGGAUCAGCCUAUGACAAGUUUAGAGAGAGCUGUUUGGUGGACAGAGUACGUCUUGAGGAAUAAAGGUGCACAACAUUUAAAAGGUCCCGCUGUUGAUAUUCCAACUUAUCAAUAUUACUACAUAGAUAUAAUUGCUUUCUUUGUCUUUGUACUAUUUCUACUAAUAUCAAUUAUUUACUUGUCAGUCAGGAAAUGCUUCAAAUUUGUUUCAAAAAAGAUUAAGCGAGAUUAAUAGAAUAAUUUAUUUGCUUUAUAUUUAUAUGUUCUUUAUAUUUGUUCAUGCUGCUUUUUCUUAAUUCUGAAAAUCAACUACCUUUGUAUAUUAUUUGAAAAUUUAUU